CAGCGCUGGUCUGUCAGCUCGUCACUCUGAGCACAGCUAGCUUCAUGGCUAGCAAACACAAACAACACAGUUCAGGGAGCUGCGCGGCCGCUCUCCUCUGUGUGCCGUGUUAAGGGCGUCGCUCCUCAACACUCGCCGCACUAGGACGUGCAGCAGUCUGCACAGUGGUAUUUUCUGUCAGCGGUUCACGGCGAAAGGACGGCGGCGCGAGGACUGUAAUUGGAGCUAACUUUGGUUAGCUAGCUAACGUUAGCUUGCCAACGCAAUGGCCUCCAGGUGUAUCCCAUAUGAUGUCAGGCAUCCCUGCCUGUAGAGCCCGAGAUGACUGAAGUCCAGGCCACAGUGGAGUUCUCUGUGGAGCUCCACAAGUUCUACAACGUGGACCUGUUCCAAAGAGGGUUCUACCAGAUUCGUGCCGGUCUUAAGGUGCCACCCCGGGUUCCACACAAGGUUGAGACCAGUCUGCUUCACCCGGGAGGCUCUGAUCUGGCGUUUCCUGCUUUAGUCCAAGAUGAUGUAAUCUGCAGCAAAACCUUUCAAAUUCUGUACAAGAAUGAAGAGGUUGUAGUCAAUGAUGUCCUCGUCUUCAAAGUGAUGAUGCUGCUGGAUGAGAAAAAGGUGGAAGAGUCCCUCAAUGACAUUGAUUUCCAGCUCUUCUUGGAUUUAUAUUUCACAGAUGGUGAUUUCACGCCAGGUGAUCCAAGCUCUCUACAGAAUAUCAGUGGCCGCACACUUCGUUUGCACUUUAGCCUUCAGCGAGGCAUCCACCAACACGUCAAUGUCAUGUUUGACUACUUCCACCUGUCUGUCAUGUCUGUAGCCAUCCAUGCCUCCCUAGUGGCUCUACAUCAGCCCCUUAUCAGUUUGCCUCGACCAGUGAAAACCACAUGGCUUAACCGCAACGCUCCACCGCAGAGCAAAGACUCGGUCAUCCCACCUCUGGAAAAUGUGGUGUUCGGUGGCAGUUACGUCAAGCAAGUAUCACCAGAUGGCAGGACAUUCCUGGUGUCUGACCCUUGUCUGCAGCAUGCCUUCAGUCUGCACCAUAACCUCUGCUCCAAUCUCCUACUGGCCUACCGGGGCCUCUUUGACUACUUCACCUCUAUUACCAGGGACCUGCCCUCCUCCCAUCGUAUGGAACUAGCCAAGUCCAGCAUGCAAGUCCUAUAUGAGCGAGUACUCAGAAGACCCUAUCCCCGAAGUCAAAGGCUCGUCUACAUAGAACAACUCGACUUAGAGGCCCGCCUAGCUGAGUUGUGUGAACAUGUUAAGAAAGCCGAGUCCCCUGACGAGUUGGCAGAACUGGUCAAUAUGAACCUGGCACAGCUCUGCUCUCUGCUCAUGGCGCUCUGGGGACAGUUUCUCGAGGUCGUUUCCCUGCAGGAGCAUGUUGCUGCCCUACUCGCGAUGGAGCACCAUACACUGAGAGUACGGCGGUUUGCCGAGGCUUUCUUUUGUCUCGAACAUCCAAGACAAUCUGCACUGGCGUAUCAGGAACUACAUGCUCACAGUCACCAGCAGAUGACUAAUGCCAUCAAAAGCUCCAGCUACUUCUUGUCUUUGCCUCCACUUCCAGUAGAAUGUGCAGACCUAGAUGGUGAUGUAAGCUCCCUGCCAAUCAUCUUUGAAGAUAGAUACUUGGAUUCUAUCACUGAAGAUCGAGAUGGGCCCUGGCUCGGCAUGCACAACACAAGGACUGGCUCGGUGUCCAGCAAAAUGGACAAGCCCAACUCCAAGGAGUGUAGUGCAGCAGCCAGCCCCUUACCCGAGUCUCAGGGUGCCCCGAUGGAUAACACCUGGCCAGACAGCUUUGAUCCACCACCCAAGUCCAAAGGCAAGUCGGUCAAACUGAAGAAAAGUUCAAAGACUGAGAACUCAAAGAAGCUGAUACGACAGGGCUCCAAGGACUCUGUGGUGUUGGUGGGCUUUAAGAACCUCAAAGCUCCUUAUGGUGACCGCAAGCACAAGGAAGGGGAAGCUCCCCUCAACCAGGAAGAGGAUCCAGAUGCAUUACAGAGGGACUCAAGUAGUUAUUUAAGGACUUAUGCUAAUUCAGUGUUUGACUCUGGUGAUUCUGUUGCAGAUGACAAUAUUGGUACUGCUGCUGGUCCAAAAGGUUCCUUCAAAAAGCCUACAAACACUGACGUACAGAAUAAUCCUCAGGCUGGUACUGGGGUUAUCGCUACAGGCAACCAACCGCUUUGCAAAGAUGAGCAAGGUGACCACGGUGGCCAACUGCUGCCCCAGUGGUCAGCUGGGCUGAAGCAAAUAGAGGUGAAACCAUGUAAAAAGGGCCCAUACCAAGGGGGCAAAGUAACGGUUCUGCCCCCAUGUCGGACUGAUGGAACUGUCAGCGGUAAUGUUCCCGAGAUCACCCAGACUGACGUCUGUGAAUCAAAGCAGUCUGUCGUGGACUCUGUUUUUGACAAGCCUGGUAAAGAGGCAGCACAGCGCAGCCAGUCCUGUCGUGUCUCAGUCCAGGUGAAGAGUGAGUGUAUCAGGCUGUCAGAUGGAGGAGCCCCGAGUGCCUCAUCGAGACUCUCCGAUUCGGGCAUCGAAAGUGAGCCGAGCUCCUUCACCACUCGGCUUGUUCCGGGACUUCAGACCUUUGCAGGACUAGGCAUCCCUGGAACUGGCAGAGGUGCCCCCCCGCCUGAGAGGCCUCUCCUUAGUCCUGCACCACGGCCAGUUCAGCAAAGCUCCGAGCAAAAGCCCAGUGGGGCAGCAGACAUUCUUUACCCAGAAAAUACCAGUGCUGUCAGUGGAGUUCAGUCCUCUCUCACUUCCAUCAACUCCUUGCCCUCAGAUGAGGAGGUUGAAGGUUCCUCAAGGGGCUCCAGCGGAGCUGAAGUCCCAUGCAGGAAGUCCAGUGUUUUUGUGCAGGAGCAGAGUGUCGUGUUCUCUGAGGAUAUCACUAACAGACCUGGCAUCAACACGGCCUGCACCAUCAACACUACUGCAGCUGAUUCCCAUUUUGUAAAACCGUACUUUGACUUGGAAACGGAUGCCAAAUUAAUAGGUACUUCUGAUCUUGGACUAGAAGGAGCAGCUGGUUCUGGGACUGUUAAAGAAUCCCAUAGUGACCCCCAUACCACCUGCCCUUCCAGUAACUCUGCCACCAGUAGCACUGACCUGGUAAAACGUGGGAUGGUAGAUAACUACUUUGGCUCGUGCUCUAGCACAGAUGUGUCUGAGAUCAGCCCUGUGGAAACAUCUGCUAUUACCUUAGGAAUCCAGGAAGGACCGCAGGUCGAGGAGGACGAGGAUGAGACCGAACACGAGAUGAUCGAGAAUGGUUACUACGAGGAAAGUGAUGGCUCUGCUUUUGUCAACGGUGUUACUGAUGAGGAGCAAAGUGGGGUUGGGGAUGCGGCCGCUUCAGAGACGAGUCUUCUGUUUGAACAGCUUGGCAUCGGCUACCCCCGUGAAACAAAGGAUUUAUCGAAAGCUCCCAUCUGCUCCAACGUCGCCUCCAGCAGUGCUGGGUACAGCCUAGGCAGACCUCCCUGUCCCUUCACCUCCUUUUCCUGUAGCCUGCGGUGGUACGAAUGUGCAUCCGCACCACAGAUGAAAGCGUUCAUCAAGGCAAAGGAAGAAAUGACACACCUAAAGCUGCCUGGCUUCUUGUAUAGUGAAGUAUCUGAGCUGGCAUCCACCAUGCCCUACUUCAGCUUGGAGGAAGAUGAAACGUGUGAAGAAGGCAUCCAUCUCAUCGUCUGUGUCCACGGCCUGGACGGGAACAGUGCCGACCUGAGACUGGUGAAGACUUACCUGGAGCUUGGACUGCCUGGUGCUCGCAUAGACUUCCUCAUGUCAGAGAGGAACCAGAAUGACACGUUUGCUGACUUUGAGACGAUGACGGACCGACUGCUGGAUGAAAUAGUCCAGUACAUUCAGAUCUACAACCUCACCGUGUCAAAGAUAAGCUUUGUGGGUCAUUCCUUGGGAAACCUCAUCGCUCGCUCAGUGCUCACUAGGCCCAGAUUUAAAUGUUACCUGAGCCGGCUGCACACCUUCCUCUCCCUCUCUGGACCUCACCUGGGCACAUUGUACAACAGCUCUGCUCUGGUCAACACAGGCCUUUGGUUCAUGCAGAAGUGGAAAAAGUCCGGGUCACUCCUUCAGUUGACCUGUCGUGAUAACUCUGAUCCUCGCCAAACUUUCCUCUACAAGCUCAGCAAGAAAUCUGGUCUGCAGUUUUUCAAGAACGUGUUACUGGUCGGGUCACUGCAGGACCGUUAUGUGCCCUAUCAUUCUGCCCGAAUAGAAAUGUGCAAAACUGCAUUAAAGGACAAACAAACAGGCUCUGUGUAUGCUGAGAUGAUUGAGAACCUGCUGCUGCCAGUACUUCAGAACAAAGACUGUAAUCUUGUGCGAUAUGAUGUCAUUCAUGCCCUGCCCAACACAGCCAACUCCCUUAUUGGUCGGGCGGCCCACAUUGCCGUCCUCGAUUCUGAGAUCUUCCUGGAGAAGUUCUUCCUUGUUGCAGGCCUCAAGUUCUUUCAGUAGAACUGUGGUAGGAUCAAACAUUGUGGAUAAGAGGAAUGUGGAGCUAAUACCUCACUGCAUCUAACCUGUAUUCUGAUUAUCAUAUCUAGAUUAUCUCUUGGUUUUUAAAUGCAUAUAAUAAUUUUUCAAAGACAUGUCCAAUUUCCAUUUCAUGUUUAUGUUGUAAUCAGUGGAUAUGGAAAUUUUUAUUUUUCUACUGCCAUCUUUUAAACAGUGUUGUGUUUGGGGAAACUACUCCCAUCAUAUGCUACAUUUUCAGUGGUAUUUGUGUUAUGUUAAUAUUUUAAUUAAUUGUUCAAUUAAUAUUUGAUGCUGAACUGGAAAUGUAGCUGCUACAACAAUGAAAUGGCUGUUUUGGUGAUCUGGCCCAAGUCACGUCUGCACAUCCAUUCUCACCAUGGCAAAUGUUUCCCACCAAGAGACACUGCAUUGAUUUGCACCACAAUUACAUUUUACAAGCUUUUGUACUGAAAAUGAUCAUUUGUACAAGUUACUUUUUUAUCAACAAUCUUCCAUAAUUUUUAAUGGCAGAGAUUGCAUUUGAAAUGGGUUUGUUGCUCAGACUUUGCAGCCUUUGCUUUGGUCUUAAUACUUGCUGUUCUUUGCCAUUUCAGAAUGCUGCACAACAUUUACCCAACCUGGUGUUGGGAGAACAAAGCUUUACCGACAACAUAACACCAUUUUAUUACAGAGGUUUUAAGCAAUGAUCAUCAUUCAGUAAAAGCACAUUAUGAUAAUAUGAACUUUAUUUUAUUGAAAGUGUUUGGUUGGUAUAAUUUGGUCAAUGUGUUUGAACAAGACAGUAUUGCUUGACAUUUAAAAAAUGUUUCUUGGAAAAUUGUUGAUAUAUCCUACCAUUAAAUAUGCAUAUUAUGAAAUUGGUUAAAUGACUUUUCUUGUUAUGUGCCCCUCCUAAUUACAGGUAUUGGUAAACUAAGUGCAAGAAAACAGCUCUACGGUGAUUUAAUAUCAACUAGUAAUACACUCUUAGUCAUGCAGUUUGUGUGGGUCAGGGGGGGGGGGGGUAGUUUCAUGCACUAACACGGUUGUGAUGAAUUUGAGUCUAGAUUUGAUUAACAUUCAUAUACAUCUUUUGUUCUGGGUUCAUUAUGAUUAAACGCAUGUUUGUUCUGUUGUGCCCUUUCUUUCAAUGCUAUUCAUCUUGCUUUCAUUAUUGUUUAGAUUUUUUUCUUUAAUCGAUCAAAUGGCCCUGCAGAUGGCGGUGUCAUCACGGUCCUGUGUUAUUUUAAAGACCAACAAUAAAAGUGGGAAUUUGUGUGGAGUGUUUUGCUUAAACAUGCAUAAAAGUCUGAAGUCAGAGUAUUUUUUGAUUUAUUAGAAUAUCACUUAAUUCUAUUCUACAUGUAUGAUCACAUGUGGUUUAUUGUGCAUUAUAAGUUGUCAUUCCUACUGAGGCACUGUAUAUGUUACGCCUUUUACAUAAAGGAAGUUUGAAACCUCA